AUGUUUUUUUGGAAUUUUUGCUUUAUUGCUAGUGACUUCAUUUACGUUUUCAUAAGUAAUUUAACAAACAGUUGGUCUACCAGAUUGGACGAACGCAAUGAUCGAGUACGGAUUCUACCUUUCCGAAGACCAACACGGAAUAGCGGUAAUGGAGAUGAAGCACGCUAUCAGAUACGUCACGUGGGAGAUUUGCCCAUGUUUCGAUUCGGAUAG